AUGCGCAACUUCACAUGGUUAUCAACUUCGUUCUUUAAGGAACCCAAGGCGGCUUUGGCCUCAUCAAAAGAGCUAAUCCUUUUCGCGAACAAACGUUUAGAAGCGAAUGAAAUACUCCUGUUCGGUCAUCGGUUAACAGCUCACGAAGCUCACUCCAGUGGCCUGGUCACACAUGUUGUCCCCCACUCAGAAUUCCCACUCGAAUGCGACAAGCUGCUGAAGGAGAUGGUGCAGCUACCUCCACAGUCUCUGCUCUACUCCAAGGAGCUCAUGCGGGUUCGUGAUCGCGAACGGCUACAUGCUGUCAACAAUUUGGAAUGUGACCGUCUCAUGGAACGAUGGACUGGCCCCGAGUGCGUUCAGGCAGUGACUAACUUUUUCCAACGAGACAAGCGAUGA